UUCUUUGGGCAAAAGAAAACACCGACGAUACAGCAGAAAGGGUUUAUAUUUAAAUCUCCUGCCGGUGGUCUGUUUUGCUAAUUGACGUCGGAGUCAGUAGGAGAUGGCGGCUUUACAGUACCUAGAUUCUCUUCGCAGUACUCAUCCGGAGCUGUCCGAUUGGUACAAUACUCUUGCCGAUCUGUACCAAAGGAAGCUAUGGCAUCAACUCACUCUGAAGCUCGAACAGUUCGUUGCUCUUACCGUUUUCCAGGCUGGUGAUGCUCUCAUACAACUAUAUCAUAAUUUCAUAACCGACUUUGAGACUAAGAUCAACCUUCUCAAGCUGGCACACUUUGCUGUGAUAGUCUCUCGGCAAUAUUCAGAGAAAGAAGCUGCCAUCAGUUAUCUUGAUGGGGUGAUUGAGAAGCUCCAGGCUACGAAAGAAACACGUAUAGAGGAGCCAGUUCUUUAUAUUAAGAUGCAGAUAGCCAUCUUUAAUCUUGAGAAAGGAGAUCAAAAGGAGUGCAAGAAUCUUCUAGAAGAUGGGAAGAGUACACUUGAUAGCAUGACUGACAUUGAUCCGUCGGUAUAUUCCAACUAUUAUUGGGUAUCAUCUCAGUACCACAAAUCCCGCCAAGAGUUUGCUGAGUUCUACAAGAGUGCUCUUCUUUAUUUGGCAUACACCUCAGUGGAGUCUCUAUCAGAUUCAUUCAAGCUGGAUCUUGCAUUUGAUCUAUCCCUGUCUGCAUUAUUGGGAGAGAAUGUCUACAACUUCGGGGAGCUACUUGCCCAUCCAAUUAUAAAGAGUCUGCUAGGGACGAAGGUUGAAUGGCUCUACUACAUUCUCGAAGCAUUUAACUCUGGAGAUCUAAUUCGCUAUCAAGAACUAUGUCGUGUUCAUGGAGCUUCUCUUAGUGCUCAGCCUGCUUUGGUGGAUAACGAGAAGAAGCUUUUGGAGAAGAUUAACAUUCUCUGCUUAAUGGAAAUUAUCUUCAGUCGACCAUCAGAAGAACGAACUAUUCCAUUGAGCAUCAUCGCAGAACGAACAAACCUUACCGUUGAAGAUGUGGAACAUCUUCUCAUGAAGAGUCUAUCGGUUCAUCUUAUUGAGGGUAUAAUUGAUCAAGUUGAUGGAACAGUUUAUGUUUCAUGGGUGCAACCGAGAGUUCUGGGAAUUUCUCAAAUCAAGUCAUUGCGUGAUCGGUUGGAUGGUUGGGUGGGAAAAGUACACACCGCGUUGAUAUCUGUGGAAGCAGAAACGCCGGAUUUAGUUGCAUCGUAAGUCUUUGUUUGUUUCCAUCCCUGUAACAGAAUACUUUCGAAAGCCCAAAGAAAAGAGCUCAUAAGAGACCAGCAAAAGGAAUUAAGAGACUAAUGGCAGUUGAUUUGGGCCGACUUAGUGUAAGCGUUUUUUCUUUGAUAUUCCGCCAUCGGGAAGGAGGCUCUUGUGUACCUUACAUUUUAGAAUUUUUGAUUUAUGGUUGGAGAGUUGCAUAUAAACAACUGUUGUCCUUUCAGAGAAUGAUAUUUUCACUUAUUACUAGUGUUACUUUUAUGAUUGCAUUUAUGACAAAUUUAGCUUCCAUUUUGCUU